AUGAAGACCGUGUCCACGACUAUCCUGGUACUAGCCAGUGUUGGCUACUCGCAGGCAUUCUUAGGAACCCUGGUUGUUCUGUUACCAGGAAUUACGUCAAUCAACGCAUCGCCAGCCCCAAACUUUAACAAAGUAGUACAAGUUAUAAAUGAAUUUAUUAAUGCAAUAAAUUCAAUAACGGAAGAGCCGACCACUGAAACAGAAGAAUUGACAUUAUCGACAGAAUUACCAAGUUCAUUGACGGGAGUCCUGGCGUCUUUGACAAAAAACCCAAAUUCAAUAUUGGGAUCACUGACAUCAUCAUCGGAAAACCCAACAUCAACAACGGGAACGGGAGAACAGACUUCAUCAACAGAAAGCCCGACUUCAACAGCGGGACUAGAGUCUUCAUCGACAGAAAGCCCAACUUCGACAGCGGGACAAGAGUCUACAUCAACAGACAAUCCGAACACAUCGACGGAAAACCCCACAUCAUCGACGGAAGGACCGACUUCAGCUAUGGCCGAACCAACUUCAACAACAGCCGAACCAGCUUCAGCGACGACAGAUCCGACUGCAGCUAAGAAAGACGCAUCUUCAUCACCCCCAGCUUCGAGCACGGCUUCACCUUCGCUGUCCAGUCAAUUAGCUGAUGCAGUCGAUGACGAGCCACUGCCUGCAGUGGCUGCAAAAGUAUUAAACGAAUUGGGCGUCCCCAUCGACAAUACUGAUGAUGUUGAUAGUCCCGAUUCCUUAGUAAGAUUACUCGGUCUUUUCGGAAUUUAGCUAGACUUUUAUAUUUGGUCAGUCUAUGUGAUCUAUUAACAGAAUAUUUUUUUCACAAGAAUAGGUUCAGUAGCGCAGAUUUGAAGAAGCAGUUGAUACGUCGAUAAAAACUUAUUGUAUUUUGUGUAAUUACAAUUAAAUAUAAUAUUUUAUUCUUA